CCGCCCCGGCGUCGCGUUGCUCAACCCGGCCGCGGGAGCAGCGGGCGAUGGCCGGAGAGGAGGAGGACCCGCUGGGGGCCGACACGACCUCGGCCCUGGGCGCGCUGCUGGGCUACCGCGCCUACGCGCGCCGCUGGGUCUUCUUGCUCGUCCUCAGCCUGCUCAACUUCUCCAACGCCACGCUGUGGCUCAGCUUCGCGCCCGUGGCCGACACGAUUGCCCACCACUUCCUCCUCUCCACCAAGCAGAUCAACUGGCUUUCACUGAUCUACCUUGUGGCGUCCAUUCCGUCCGGUGUGGUGGCCAUCUGGGUUCUGGACUCUGUUGGGCUUCGCUGGGCAACCAUCGUGUGCGCGUGGCUGAACUUUGCUGGGAGUGUGUUCAGAACCCUGCCCUUCCUGUUCCUCGAGAUCCAGGACCCAUUUGCCUUCCUCAUGGGUGGGCAGACCCUCUGUGCUCUGGCACAGACCCUGGUCAUCUUCUCUCCGGCCAAGCUGGCUGCCUUGUGGUUCCCAGAGCACCAGCGAGCCACAGCCAACAUGAUCGGCACUAUGUCAAACCCCUUGGGCAUCCUGGUGGCCAACCUGCUGUCACCUGCCCUGGUGAAGAAGGAGAAGGACAUCCCCAUGAUGCUGGGUAUCUAUAUCAUCCCUGCCGGCCUCGCCUGUCUCCUGGCCACUGCCUGCCUCUGGGAGAGUGUGCCUCCCAGCCCACCUUCUGCAGGGGCGGCCCACUCCACCUCAGAGAAGUUCCUGGAUGGGCUGAAGCUGCUCUUGCGCAACAGAGCGUAUGUCAUCCUGGCUGUGUGUUUUGGGGGCGGCGUCGGCAUCUUCUCCAGCUUCUUGGUCCUCCUGGAGCAGGUCCUUUGUGUGAAGGGCUACUCCAACGAAUUUGCAGGCCUUUGCGGGGCUCUCUUCAUUGUGUUUGGAGUCCUGGGGGCACUUGUUCUCAGCCUGUAUGUGGACCGGACCAAACACUUCACUGAAGCUGUCAAGAUUGGCUUCUGUCUGACCUCCAUGGUCUGCGUGGCCUUUGCCCUGGUGUCUCAGCUGCAAGGACAGACCGUGGCGCUGGCCGCCAUCUGCUCUCUGCUGGGGCUCUUCGGCUUCUCGGUGGCACCCAUUGCCACGGAGCUGGCGGUUGAGUGCUCCUUCCCUGUGGGGGAGGGUGCAGCUGCAGGCCUGGUCAUCGUGCUGGGGCAGGCCGAGGGUGUGCUUGUCAUGGUACUGCUGACUGCCCUGACUGUGCGUCGUGCGGAGCCGUCCAUCUCCACCUGCCAGGAUGGCCAGGGCCCACUGGACUGGAAGGUGUCCAUGCUGCUGAUGGCUGGCCUGUGCACCCUCUUCAGCUGUUUCCUGGUGUUCUUCUUCCAUACCCGGUACCGGCGCCUACAGGCUGAGGCCAGUGUGAGCCACUCCAUCCAGGAGGACAUGUCCCCAGCAGCUGCAGAUCACGUGCCCCGCCCGGGAACCACCCUCUGAAGCUCUGCUUGGGCACACCCCCAUGACCUCCAGCAUGGACUGCAGGAAGCUCAGGCACAACUCAUUCCUGGAGCCAUUCUCCUGGCCCUGCCUGCUUGUCUGGGGGAGCCCUGAGCCACUGGAGCCCCCAGGCCUUACAGAGAUGUCACGGGGGACCGUGCAGAGUUCUGGAAGUCUGAGGAGCAGUCGGUGCAUCAGGAAGUGGUCAGGUUGAAGGGGAGGCCGGGAGGGGUAGGCUCUCAUCACAGGGUGAUAGCAUCCAGCAGAUGCCAGAGGGAGUUGGAGCCCUUGGCACACCCAGAGCGCAGCAGGAUGGCCUAGGGGAGACCCCAUGGCUAUAGCAAGAACUGCUGGCACUGUGUAGACAAGCAGCCACUGGCCAGGCAGGUGCCCCAGUGGCCAGGCCAGACCCAGGAUGGCUGGUGCAGGAGCCCUGGCAUGAGGGACAAGGUCUGAGGGGGAGCUGGAUGGAUUGGGAGUCCUGAGGGCCCCCAGCAUGAUUGAGUCUGAGUGGAGAGUUGCGAGAAACGCCUUCCUUGAGGGGUCCCAACCCAUAGCUUUUCUCAACCUCUGCUGACCACUGAGUGACCUGACUCCCAGCCCGAGUGCUAGGACAGCAGGUGGGGUCAGGCUGGGCUGGGAGGGGGAAGCAGAGGGAAGGUCCUACAGGCAGAUUAUCCCCUUGCAAAUCCUCCAUUCCAGGCAGAUGCUCCCUCUGCCACCAGACCCUCCCCUCCAGACUCUCCCAGUUCCAAGCAAACACUUCUACCCCCAGGGGACCCUCCCCCAAACUCCCCGCUGAGAGUCUGGGGACUCUCCCACCCCCAGGCAGAAGUUCCCCACCCGCAGACCUUCCCACCCGCAGGUGGACAGCUCCCCUUCUCCCUCCGCAGGCACUAGCAGGCAGGUUUGUGGGGUCAUGUUUAUUGAAUUGGCUGCAGCCCAGGUGGGGAUGGGGGAGAUGCCCCUCACUCUUCCUUCUCCUCCCCGUGGGUGAGCACGUAGCUCAGUGCCUUAUAGUCCAGGUUGCCUGCAGCAUCAAUGGUGGCAAACUGGAACAUCUGGUUAACCUGCAGGCCGGUAUGGUUGGGGAGUCAGGACCAGGGAGGAGGGGAAGGGGCAAAAUGGUCUGGCAAAUUACAGGUGCUGAACUCCA